AUGCAAGUUUCCUUUGCUGCAUUUGAUUUUUUUAAGCUGCAAGAUGAUUUGAACAAUACUUUUUUCCCCUUCCCUUCUUUAACCAAACUUCAUUAUAUGUGCCGUGCUUCUGAAAGUGAAGAAAUAACACGAAUAGGUGGCCAAAUACAUGUCUAUGGGUAUGUAUUGGUUUUGAAAAUAGGGGUUAUUGGCAUGAGUACAGCCCUUUUGAAAAUUUAUUUAAUUGACAUGUUGAUGUCAUUAGUUCCAUUUUUUCAAAAAUUAUCUUUACUUCUUUGCAGGAGUUUGAGGAGCUUGGAUAUGGAAGAGAGCUCAAUAAUUGAGAAUGACGGGGAAUGGCUACAUGAGCUUGCUCUGAGAAAUACAGUUCUUGAAAAUUUGAACUUCUACAUGACAGAUCUUGUUCAAAUCAAUUCUGGAGACCUUGAACUGAUAGCCAAAAACUGCGCAUCUCUGGUCAUGGUGAAAAUUACUGAUUUUGAUAUUGCUGACCUCGUUGGUUUCUUCCGCAAUGCAGCUGCAUUAGAAGAGUUUUGUGGGGGCUCUUUCAGCAAACCACCCGAAGCUGGUGAAGGCGAUCAAAAUGAGCGAUUAGAAAGGUACUCGGCGGUACCAUUUCCCCCAAGAUUGUGCUGCUUGGGUCUUACGUACUUGGCAAGACCUGAAAUUCCAAUUGUCUUUCCUUUUGCUGCUCGACUUAAAAAAUUGGAUCUGCUUUUUGCUCUGCUUGAUACAGAAGGUCACUGUCUCUUACUGGGAAGGUGUCCUAACUUGGAAAUGCUUCAGUCAAGGGACGUGAUUGGGGAUAGAGGAUUGGCAGUUGUUGCUCAGAUUUGUAAAAAAUUGAAAAGACUCAGGAUUGAGCGUGGCGAUGACAUGGAAGAUGUUGAAGGCGUGAUUACCCAGAGAGGAUUAAUUUCUUUGUCACAGGGAUGCCUGGAAUUGGAAUUCUUAGCUAUUCCUGUGUCUGAAAUCACAAAUGCAUCCCUAGAAUGUGUAGGCACGCACUUGAAAAAGCUCUAUAGCUUCCGAUUAGUCUUAAUUGAAAAACAAGAGACGAGAGCAAAUUUUCCGCUUGAUAAUGGAGUUCGAUCUUUGUUGAUGGGUUGUAAUAAACUUACUGGCCUUACUUUGUAUCUUCUUCCUGGUGCACUAACAGAUGUGGGGCUCAGUUAUAUUGGAAAAUAUAGUCCAAAAGUGAAAUGGAUGCUUUUGGGAUUUGUUGGAGAAUCUGAUAAUGGGAUUUUGGAAUUUUCCAAAAACUUGCCUAGCCUCCAAAAGCUAGAACUGAGGGGAUGCCUUUUCAGUGAAGGUGCACUAGGAGAUGCCAUACUAAGACUACCUUCAUUGAGGAGUUUGUGGGCACAAGGAUACAAUGAAUCUGGGGCUGAUUGGGAUAAAGUACACAAGAAGCGUCCAAAAUGGAUUAUCGAGUUAAUUCCAGCAUCACGAGUUGCAGUUCCUAAUGAAAAUGGAGAAGAUGCAUUCAUCGAGAAUAAAGCCCAAAUUCUAGCAUAUCAUUCACUUGCUGGUCAGAGAACAGACUUUCCAUCUACAGUUGUACCCUUUAUCCCCAAGGAUACAAUGGACGAAUAAACGUGUUUAGGCAUCAUGUAAAUAAAUUCCUUACCAGCUUGAGACACUUUCUAUUCUGAGUUUAGUGUAAUGAGUUUUUGCUUUCUUAGGUGAUAGGAAAGCAAUUGCGCCGUGCCCUUGUCAUUCUACUUCUCAUUUGUAUAGAAUUUUGAUGUGUUGUAGUCUGGUAAUGCUUGGAAGUUCCAUGGAUUGGUGCUAAUGAACCAACCCCCCUAGUGUAGUUGUAACAGGUCGACUGAACAUGUACUGAUAUGUGACAAAUAUCAGCGCUGUAUUUUGUCAACGAUGAAGCACAUUGCACUAUAUUUUCACUUUGUUCAUGAGUCAUGACCAAGUGAACAAAGGUGUUCUUACUGUC